AUGUUCAACCAAAUAUACCGCUCGUCGAUCCCACUCAUUAGAAGAUACUCCACGGCACACCUGGACGAUGCAGAGAAACACAUCUACAACAAGCUUAAGGCGACCCUCUCUCCAACCACCCUUGAAGUGCGUGAUGUUUCUGGUGGAUGUGGAUCCAUGUACGCUAUACAAAUUGUCAGUGAAAAGUUCAACGGCUUACCCAUGAUCAAGCAGCAUCGUCUCGUCAAUGAGAUUCUGAAGGAAGAAAUUGCAAAGUGGCAUGGCCUGCAGUUGAAGACCAAGGCGGCAAACAGGGUUUGA